UCCCCUUGUGUGUUGUGCUGCUGCGUGCGCCUCUAUACCCCCCUCCCUUUUGUUCUUUCUCUCUUUCGGCAUCCCCCCAUCCCCCACUACCUCUCUCUCUCUCUCUCCAUCUCCCACUCUCACCAUGAGUGUGUGUAUGUGUGUGUGAAAGCUUGUGCGUUUCCAUACCGCCUGCAAGAAAAAAAAAGCCCAGAUCGUUUGGAGGAAAAGGAAAAACGAGGAGAAAAGACAGAGCAAGGCCAAGAAGGAAAGAAGGAGAGAACAUUCAGAAGGGACUAAUACACGGAAAUCUGCCUCUAUACCUUUCAUAUCAAUUUGCAUAUCCAUCCCUCCUUCAUUUGCCUUUGCUUCAGUGAGAAUGGCAGGCGGACCUCCCUCUGACAAAUACACUUUUCUCUACCCGACAGACAGCAGCUUAAAGAGUAAGAGCAGAGUAUCCAGUAUGAACCCUGUGUACAGUCCAGUGCAGCCCGGGACUCCAUAUGGAAACCCCAAAACCAUGGCCUACACAGGUUACCCAGCAGGCUAUCCUACUGCAGCGCCUGCCUACACACCAAGCCUCUAUCAGACAGGCAGUCCAGGGUACCCUCCAGGAUACACCGCAGGGACUCCAUAUAAAGUUUCCCCGUCUCAGUCAAACGGCGCUCCUCCACCAUAUUCCCCCUCUCCAAACACGUACCCCUCAGCCAUGUACCCCAUUCGCAGUGCCUACCCCCAACAGAACCUCUACACUCAGGGAGCCUACUACACCCAGCCUGUGUACGCUGCACAGCCCCACGUUAUCCAUCACACCACGGUGGUGCAGCCCAACAGCAUCCCUUCUGCCCUGUACCCUGCCCCAGUGCCCCCUGUGACCCCCCGGCCCAGCGCACUCACCAUGGGCAUGGUGGCAGGAACCACGAUGGCCAUGUCUGCAGGAACGCUGUUGACCACACCCCAGCACACUCCCAUUGGUCCACACCCUGUUACGGUGCCAACGUAUCGUCCACAAGGAACGCCUGGCUACAGCUACGUGCCACCUCACUGGUAGAGCCCAUCUGUCAAUCAUAUCUGGAGUUAAACGUCGUAUGCAAAAUCCUCAAGUGUUACACGGGCUCUCUGUGAUCAGCAGCCGCGUCUGCCAGAACAGAAGAAAAAAGGGUCACUUUAUGCAUUCUUACGUCAUUUUGUAAAAGCUGCUUUUUAUUUUUUUAUUUAAUUUUUUCCCUCUAUUUUUUUUUUAUUUAAUUUCCUCUUGUGUUUUAGUCUUACUAUUCCUGACCUAUGUUGUUGCAUUUUUUUUUUUUAAAUCGACAAUUUAAAUUAACAAUCAACUCCUGCAGAAACUCCAGAAUGAUUUUGACCAGUUACGACUUUGAAACAAUGUGCUUUUUUAUGUUGUUAUUGUUGUUGUUGUUCCAUAUUUCCACCCUUGAGUGGGAAUGUACAUUGCACCAUGCUCAUCAUCAUGUCUGUCAUGCCAAAUAUUAUAAGGUUUAGAUAGUAGUGCAGGGUUUUUCUUUACAUUUGUGUAGAUUUGUAAUUUUCAGAUUCCCUUUUCAGAAGGGCUGAGACGGGUUUCUGCUUUUCAGUUUUGAUUUCACACAACUUUCUUCUGUUCAUCUUUCUAGCAUUGAUAACAAGGGUGUCUUCCAGCUUGUAGCAGUUUAUUAGGUACAUUUGUAAUAAGUUUAGCAGUGCGUAGGGCAGCUCGACAUGGUUCAAACAUCAUUAGGAUGUCGAGUGCUUACACUAAUCUCAGUUAUUCACUUAGUAGAGGACUCUGGUUUCUUUAUUUAUUGGAUCAUCUGGAUAGAGUAAGCUUCUAAAUUAUGGCGUGCAUAAUAUAUUUCUAUAGAUGCAUGUGAUGUGCAGAGAUGUGCUCUUGCAAAUACUUAUUUUUGCAAUUGCACAUACACGCUGAAACACCUGCCAACACACAGUCUCUGUGGAGGCAAGUGAUGUGAAAAUGGCACUUAGGAUGACGGAUUGGGGUCAGAUUUCAUCUUAGUGCAGAAUACGUGCCAAGACAGAGGACGUCUGGGUUCGACAGGGUCCUGAUUUAAUAUUCAGGGUCUCCAAAUUAUGGUGAACGGUAAAUAUGAACAACAUUAACAAACCAAAAACGGAACAGAAAAUCAGCAAACACAACAGCAAAUCGGAAAUCUCAUCAGCGUUACUUAAAGGGAAGGUCCUUCUUGAACAUCACAUGCAUGUCGCUGGUCGGCUACAGCGCACAUCAUUCUGAGAGUCAGCAGAAAACAGAGAGCUGGAUUUUUACAGUAAGAGGAAAUACGAGAGUAAAUGAAUCUACUGAUGCGUUUGUUCAUACUUAUUUUUACCAAGUGUUCUCAUAUGAUAUGCUGUCAACUUUAAAAUGAGUAUGCAAAUGCAAUAAAUAAAUAAAUAAAUACAUACAUACAUACAUACAUACCUUAGAGGAAGCCUGGUUGUUCAGAAGAAAGAAUUACUCCUCACUAUAGUAACUUAAGUAACUUUGCAUUAAACAGUGUUUUCAGCAACAAGUUUGUGAUGUUCAGUAAUGAUCUCCCCUUGAUGUUUUGAGCUGAUAUUUAUGUGGUUCUGAAUUUGUUGUUGCGUUUUUGUUUUGUUGAUGUGUGUUGCAUUUACCAAAUGGAUUUAAAGGAAUUUGUAUCAUGCAUUAUUCAGCAUUUUGAAUAAAGCAGUAAUGAUUGCGGUAAGUAGUAGAAUAACCCUGCGUUCACAUUAAAAGGUGACAAAUUAUUAGCCCAGUUUUUGGCUUGUUGGCAUGCACUCGACAGUUUUUUAGUGUUCCAGUAGAAAGUGUUUUUUAUAGGAUAUUGUUAAUCUGAUACCCAUUUGCUUUUUUAAAAAAUAUAUAAUUUAAUAUCUUCCUAUUUCUAUUGUUUUAAAUGACACUCAUUAACAAAUUGUUAAUAUCAAACAUUGACUAUCCAACAUUAUAGAGAGUUGAGAAAUUCAUGUUUUGAUUGUCACUGUGCCAGAAUUGGAGAGCAGGGUCUGUAUACUGGAUGUAGACCAAUGGGCAGGUCUUUAGGUGGGACAGAUGGGUGUGUCUUUUAGCCCAUACAAGUCAUCAGAAAUACAAUUUAAUUUUCUUUUGUAGAAACUCAAAUGUAUAAUCAUAAAUCUCAAAAGUAGUAAAAAUUUCUCAGAGGAUAACUGAGAGGAUUUUAUAAUGGCUAGCUGGCUAACAAAGCCUGUGAGCAUGCAUGCGCAUAUGUGACUGCCAAUGACCUCCAUCUUCUGAUAUGAAGACCUUCAUAAAUGGACUCAAUGACACACUCACAUUCCCAUUUAUGGCCUUCAGAAUUUCUGACCUCCGACUAGAAAAACCAAACAAAAUGACACAUCAACAUGGCUCUGCACACUCUCACCAGUAAAUAAGGGACCGCUUCUCUACUUUUAAAUGCGAUUACAGUCGUAUUUGCUUUAGAUCAGUCAACAUACAGACAUAACUGUAUCACACUGGCCAUCCAGUGUUGUUUUGAGAAGGUACUGCAAAUACAUCAUGAACCUUAAAGUUAUCACUGAUGUUAGCUGGCUAGCUUUUCAUUAGUUCAUGAGGUUUUGGACAGAGCAAACAAAAUAUGAUUUUUUCCUCUGCCUUGUAUCCCGAAUGUGCGAAGGUCAAAAAUGAUAUAAUUCCUACUUUAGAGUUGAGUGGAACGCAGCAACACUCAAAUCCACUCCCAUUUUCAUAUAUGAUCUCAGUGACUUGUCCACAUUUUCAUGGCCUUCAAGCCACUCAUAUUUCCUCAUAUGAUCCCACUGCAUGUCCGUAUAUGGACUCGAAGGUGCACCUUCCUUCGUGCAGGCAGUCCAUGUUGAAAUUGUAGUUGUGCGCUGCCACGGGAAAUGACUGCUCGCUUUGUCACUUCCUAGUGUGAAUGUAGGGUAAGAACAAGUAGGACAUAGAAAAAAGGGCAUAAAGAUGGCUAUUUGAGAAAUCCCCUCGUCCUCUGUGAACACUCGGGCCCUGAGGCCUUGCUGCACGGAUUUGAGAAGUAUUUGUUAAAUGCAAUAAUAAAAACUGCCUCGAUGUGUAACAGCAUUGAAAGAGAGAAUAUUGUGAAUCCUAGUCCCUUGUAAUCUAUGAACGCACUACAGUACAUAUCAGUUACUUUAUGAAAUAAUAUCAGCAUAUUGACACAUAGAUACAUAAUAAUCAAAUAUACGGUACACACUAUUUAAUGAUCUACUAAAGGAAGACAAGUAUAUACUAUGGUACCCAUUAGGCUUGAUUAGGAAUGUGCCGAUAUUCAGUUUCUGAAUGACGAUCUUUUAGGGCAGCCUAUACAAAUACUACCCUGCAUAUUGUGUAUAAAAAAAACUGUUUCCUGUAUCUUCUCUUUGGCAAGCAUGUUUUUGUUUUUCCAUAGAACAGAAGGACUUUCGUGGGAGAAAAUUGAUCUUAUGGGGAGCGCACAUGUUCUUAAAUGGAAAACAGGGACACUGACGCUAUCCUGAAGCAUGUUUUAAAUUUUUUUGCUGCUUUCUGUUCUGAAGGCGUCUCCCACAGUAGUGAACUUGUGUCUUGUUUGGUAGCAUUUUAAGGAAGUAAACCUGACAAACAAGAACAACAUCUCAAACAAGCAGCAGCUGCUUUUCUGGUGAUGAGUGCAACUAGAUUAUUGUUAGCAGAUUGACAUAGGUAGCUAACUAAGGCUAAACUGCAAAUUAGCUGCAUAUGGUGGCUACAUGAGCUUUGAGAUCACUGUAAAACCACACAAUGAGUUCUGACAACCUAUGAACAGAAAUACAUGAAAGAAAGACAUGAAAAUUUGUAAACUUACCCCGCAGUCACAGAGACAGCUUGUUGAAACGUUCAUGGAAAUCUGGUCUGGUGAACAAUUAUGGGAUUGCCUACACCAAGAAAGGUGUAUGCAGUGCUGGGCUCACGUUAAAUCAAAGAAAAGGACAGGCUUCAUGUCGGGAGUACGCAGAUGCUGCCUACCUUGGUAGUCACGUUGCAUGGAAAUGCAUUGAUUAUCUGUGUUGAAUAUUGUGGUUUAUCAUAUUAUCGAUUAUCGGCACAUCCCUAGUCAUGGAAGUAAUAUUAUUCUCAGUAAACACAUUUAUCAUUUAGGCUACUCAACCACUACUUGAAAUAUAUUAAUCUGAAUAUGAAGACUCGCAGAGAUUUUAUGGAACAUAAUGACACAGGCGGAUUUCAGCUCUUGAGCUCAGUUUUUAGCAGAGCCUUUGAGAAAUAUUCCUUUAUCGUAAAGGAGAGAGUGAGAGGAAGAAAACUUGUGCAAGACUAAAACUGAACUACUUGAUUGCAAAAAUUCCACAUUUUUCCUCAUACACGUGUGGCAGCAUAGGAAAACCCUUUACUUCAGAAGAAUUCUCCAGAAUGCAAUUUUUAUUUUUUAUUUUUUUUUGAGACAGUAUCCCAAUCAUAACUAAACAUCUGCCAUGUCAAGCGUGUUCACUGGCAAAAAUGUAAAAAUUAAAAAAAAAAGUCUUUGUUUUGUUGUUGGUUAGCGCAUUUAAACAUUCCAUAAGAGAGGAUAUUCUGUGCAAGUUAACGGUUGUCAAUGCUAAGCAGUUGUUUCAGACUGAGGUUACUAGGAAGCAAAUACAUAUAUGACAUUUAUAUAAAUAAAUGUCAUAUAUAUAUAGGGAUGUGGAUGAGUAUUCGAAUGCCCGUGUAUAAAGUACUUACAUCUGUGUUUUCAUUCAAUGACGAAGUAUAUACUGCCUUGCACAAGUAUUUAACCCCCUUGAAUUUUACCCCAUUUUGUAGUAUUACAACCUGGAAUUGAAAUGGAUUUAAUUGGGACUUUUACAAUUUGAUUUACACAAUAUAUCUAACAUUUGAAGGUACAAAAUAUUUUAUUGUGUCACAAAGGUUGUGAAAUGAAAAUACAGUUAUUUGAUGGUUGCAGAAGUAUUCACCCACUGGGUCAGUACUUGGUAGAACCACCUUUGGUUGCAAAUAGAGCAGCAGGUUUAUUGGGGUGUGUUUUGAUCAGUGUUUCCCAAAUGGAUUCUGAUGUUCGUGCCCUUUCUUCUUGGCAAAAUUGAUUAAACUCUGUCAGAUUGGAUGGGACAUUAAGGUUGAGGUCUGGGCUUGACUGGGCCAUUCUAACACAUUCAGGUUCUUAGUUCUGAACCAUUCCACUGUAGUUUUGGCAGAAGGCUUAGGUUCAUUGUCCUGUUGGAGGUUAAACCUCUGCCCCAGUCUCAAGUCUCUAGCAUUUUCUUCUCGAAUUGCCCUGUAUUUGGCUCUAUCCAUUUUGCCCUUAAUCUUGACCAGUUUUUCCUGCUUCAGUAGCAUGGGCUCUUUUGUGUAGAUGGCAUAUAAUUACAAAUGGGUGGGGGGGAUAAAUACUUAUGCAAGGUAAUGUAUUACAUGCAUUGCCACUGUGGUUGUAUAAAGUUCAUUCACCCAAUCAGAUUUCUAAUCAUCCUACCCACAAAUGUCAAAGUGGUUGUAGCCUUUUAAAAUGAAAAGUUUGUGUUUCAUUAUUUCUCUGUAUAACGUCUGUCAAUCACAUGAACCCGUGUGCCACCACAGACAGGAAAAACAAUUCAUUGUAGUGAAAAAUGAUACUUGUUUGCACCAUAUUAAAUCCGGUUUUCUCCAUGUCCUUCCAGUUAAGCAAACAACGUAUAGGUAAUUAUCCAGCCAUUAGGUUUUCUGUUAUCUUAGGUAGUCAAGUUGUCUGUUUAUACUACCGUAAUCUUACAAACAGUUGCUGAAUGAGCCUUGCUAAGCUACAGGAGAGACGACAGGCAGAUGCUAAUGCUACUAACACUAGCUGACAGGUUUAGAUGGUAAAUAAAUAAAAGGCAUUUGGUGAGGAAUGUUUGCAUAUUAUUUAAGCAAAGUCUUGGUAAGAUAUUAAAAAAAAAACAAUCUUUGUUGUCAUUAUUUGGCUAUUUGCCAUUGAAUAGGGACAACUGGUGAAUAGCACCAACUGACAAGUUUUCUUAUACCACCACAGAUAUAUGAAAUUCUUAACUUUUAAAUAAAAUGCAUUAGAACCAUCUAGAAUCCUCUAUAUUUAGUAGGUGGAUAAAAGCAUCGUGUUUUUUUCUAUUCUAAAAUAAAUUUGGCCUAAACACUAGCGUGUUGCAGUUUAAUCCUAGUAUUAAUUACUUCAUAUAUACAGUGCCCUCCAGAAUUAUUGGCACCCCAGAGUGGCGCAACACAAAAGCGCCACGCUAUCAUCAAGAGAUCGUGAGUUCAAAUCCUUUAUUUCAACAUGUUUUGUUUUCAGAAACACCAUUUUAUUCAUUGGUGCAAAAUACUGGUUUCAAAAUUAUUAGCACCCUUACAAUUAAUAUUUCGUGACACCUUGUCUGGAGAGAGUAAUAGCACUGAGUCUCUUCCUGUAAUGUCUGACAAAGUUGGAGACACUUGUAGAGACGUAGAGUCAUAGUGAUCCAAGUUUUUGAGACUGUUUGCAUUUAUUUAAAAUAUUCCUUCUGGUGUCACUAAUUUUGCCACAUAUAUUUUUGAGAGAAUACUAUUUUUAAAAAGUAGUUCUAAUGAGUGAUUUUGUCAGAACCAAGAUACAUAUCAUUUUGUUUGCUUAUUUUCUGAAGGCUAGUAUGUCUGAAGGGCACUGUAAAUAUUUCAGAUAGACCUUGGUCUUUCUUUCUGUCACUUUCUCCUUUUCAAUAUUAAAGUCUGUCUAUCCAUCUAGUCUUAAUAACAGUAUUAUGGCAGGCAGUGAAAUAUUGAUAUAAUUAGAACAAAUCAGAUUUGUAACGCAAGACUUAAUGCAAUCAAUGCAAUUUAAAGUUAUUAAACAGUUCACUGGUUGAGGUUGCUUCUGAGAUAGAGGUCGAACCUCUCAAAUCGAAAAUGUAGGAUUUGGAAGUGUUUUUGUUGACAUUUUUACACUAAUGAAAGUUGGUUAGGUUUGAAAGUAAACGAGUCCACACUUACCUGUAAUUACUGCGCUUUCUACCAUAAGUGUUAUUUAAGUUUUUAUUAAUGAUUGAUGUUCCUUUUAUUCUUAAGUAGAUGAUCAGGAGUGUGGUGCGUAACCGUGUGAGGGACAUUUCAGAGCACAGGUCUGAAACGGUCUCUUCCUCUCGUUCACUCUGUCGCUUUUCUGUCUUUAUAACGGCCUGCUUCAAGUAAAAUUGUGGUACUGUUAUAUUAUCAGAUGCCAGAACAUAAAAGGGGAUCAUUCCAUUAAAAAAAGUCUGGAAGUCAAAAAAAAAAUUGCUUUCUUCAUACUGUACUGAAAAUGUCAAAAUAAAAACGUAGUUAUAGAUUGGGCACUAUAGCAUGUAGUAAAAUUAUAGGUUAUAUCAAUCAUUUCAUGUUUCCUCUUACUAAGAGAACAGAAUCAUAGGAUUGCCUCCUUCACUGAAAAGGACACGUGAUGCACCUUCAUUUUUUUUUCCAAAACAAGGAAACUUAUUUGUCUGCCUUCCAAAUAAGAUUUUAUCUUAGGAGAACAAACACUGCCCAAAAAUACUAACAGCCUAGGCAGACUCCUCCUGACUAGUGACAAAAUUUGAAUGCGUCCAAGACCUAUCACAUGCUUUAAAUUUAUUGAUCUAUUAUCUAACUGAUUAUCAGCAUAUACCUAGUCUGCUGUGUUUUCGUUUGCUAUUAAAACUGAAUACUGAAGGGAAAAGUCACCGUCUUCCAAAUACACACUAAGGAUAAGAACAUUUUGAUCAUUAUGUCGGUAAUACAUUAUAUACUCAUCUGUUUUGUAGCAGGUUUUACAUACCUAUCAGUAAAACUGAACUGAAUGCUCUUAUGAGGCGACGAGACCCGUUUCAGGCCUGUGAUAUGAAGUGUAAAUCUGUUUUUAUUAUUUUUAUGGGUUUUUAUAUUUUAUUUUUUUUUGGAAGAUCAAUUAGUGAUCUCAGUGACAGAAUUAUGCCAAGUUUGUAAUUGUAUAAUAUUUACUGUAAGAUGUAGAACGUUCAAUAACUAUUAAAAAAUUUUCCCAAAA